AAAGGGGAGAUCCUUACAUGAUUAAAACACCCACAAUUGGCCACAUUGUAAAAAGUGUACAAAAAACUGCAUGUCUCCAAUUAAUGCAUACAAAAUUAUUAGACCCACAACGAAAUUCCCCAAUGGAACUCGAGGCGGAUCCACAGAGAUUUCCAGUCUUAAUUCGAGGUCUGCCUGAUGCACUAAAAGUUUAUGCUAAACAAUUUCAGGAGCGCAUAAAAGCAACCCCCAGACCUAGAAGAAGGGGUGCUCCAUCAGGAAUAACCUGGUUGGAGAUAGCCCAAGAAUUAAUAGCUACUGGUCAGCAGCUGGGGCUCUCUGGUAAGAGUGGCCAGAGAAUACACUGCAGGAGGGCAGGGAAGGUCCAAAAACCUGCCUCGCCAGGUAUUUGUCAACAAAAUGUGUCAUCUAGUGGGAGAAAGAGAUACAGUUUGUGGGUGGAAGGUGUUGUAAAAGGAAUUCCUGGAGAAGUGAUGGAUAAAUUACCCACUGCUAAUUUAGAAUACUUGAUAAAGCACUGGGAUAAGAUCAAAGAGCACAAGGCACCCCCUAAGGGCAGCCCCUCUAAGGAGUCCAACACCGUGAUCCCCUCAACCUCUCCAAAAACCGGACUAACCAGUUUGACCAGUUCUGAGUCAAGAAACUGGACUUACUCCUCUCAAGUAAAUAAGCCAAAAAAUAGCCAGUGGGUUUAUGAGACAAAGCUUACAGAAAACAACCAGGGAGAUUUGGUAAUCACUUUUCCUCUCGGCCCUUUUAAAUCUCUAGUUACAUUCGUGGUAGACACGGGUGCACAGGUCUCAGCACUCCAAACUGAAGCUGCUACUCAGUGUGGCAUUAAACCAGACAAAAAAAAGAUAUGGGUCACUGAUGCUUUUGGCAAAUCCCGACCCCAGUACACUGCUCCAGUGAAAUGCUGGUUACCUGGAGAUGAGACAGCCACAGAAACUAUCAUGAUUGUGGGGCCAUUACCAGCUAACAUCCUGGGGUUGGAUCUGCUAAAGGGGAGGGCCUGGACAGACGCCAGAGGGAGAGAAUGGGUGUUUGGUCUCCCAUCCCCCUCUGUCCGUCUGAGUUUAUUUGUUUUUUGGAGAAAACAUGUUCCAAACUUCUCUAUUAUUACUGCCCUAGUGACAUUAUGCCAGAUAAGAAAAGGAGUUGGAUAAAUAGAUAGUUCCUUCUUUUUAAUAAUAGGUCCAUAGUGGGCCAGAUUUCUUUUUUUUUUCUGCAGGAACCUGCCAG